GGGAAAUCUUUCCCUCGAAAUGCGCAUGCGCUGUUGAGAAAGCGGCAUGAACAAGCAGCUCGACGUGAGAAACUGGCAAUAACAAUGAGGCUCUCUCUCUCUCUCUCUCUCUCUCUGGCUAAGUUUGAACGCAGAUAGCGCCACAUGGAGGCGGUGCUGAGAAACUUACGGAGUACGGCGGAGCUGCUGGCCGUAGCUUCGCUCAGCUGUGAGGUGGAGCAGUGGGAUAAACAAACUCUGAGCCGAGCCUUUCACUGGGCCCGGUACUGCGAAAUCCUCUUUUCAAGGUUUCACAAUAACACCGCUAUAAGGAGGACACUGGAGAAGCACCUGCAGCUCACAAAUCAAAGUUUAGUAGCUACUUUUCCUGGAUACACAGAGGUCACUUUCUCUGACCUCUCCCGGUGUCAGCACAUGUUGCUUGUUGGGCUCUUGAACAAUCCUGAACUGCCCAUCUCCAUCACUAAGAUACUCUUUGACACUGGCGGUCCUAUUAACACCAAACAGAGUGACUAUCAGGAUGUUACCAGCUUCUGCAGCCGAAUCAUUCAAUGCAAAUCGGCUUGUAAAGUCCUGAGUCCUCUCACGGGUCUGUCAGCUGUGGGUGCUGAUGCUGAGGUGCGAGGGUUGAUGCUGAUGGAGAGACUGGAAGCUCUGCUGAGCCAAGGCGGCGAAGCACGCAGUACAGAGCACUUUCUGGACUCUGUCCUCCAGGGACGUGAGGGAGAAGCGGAACACUUCUGUGUGGUCAUCGCUGCAGCUCUGCUGACAACAAAAGACUCAGCUGCAAAAACUGCUUCACAGGAGUUUCUCUUGGACUGGCUGCAGACAAAAAACAGACUGCUGCAGCACAUGUGUUCUGCACUACCUAUUACUCAUAUAAUAAACCUAGCCAAAGAACACCGGAAAUUUAAAGAUGCAUACUAUGAUGUGCUGAAGAAGUGGGCCUCUGAUAUGGAGUUCAGCAUCACUGAAGGUGAAUGGGUUCAAACCAGCACAAACCAAACCGCCAUGUCCUACUGCAAACUGACGGAGCACUUUAAGGCCUUGUUUUCAGCCUGUCCCUCUCUGAGGGAGCAUGUAGAAAAUGAGCUAAAUGCAUUGAAAAUUUCAGAUGGAGAUUUUGAUGUCAGUGGUCUUAGUGUUUGGGGAGACCUUCUGUCAGCAAUAAACAGCUGACUGUCAGUCUUGUGGGUUUUUAAAAGCUGUAUUUUUUUACAUCUGUUUAUGACUUGAAGCAGUGUUUGUAUAGAUGUAAAUAUUAAACCACAUUACUUUGAUUAUUCCCAAACAGAACGUGUCAGCAGCACCAAUUAUUGAAAGCAGCAGAUACUUGAACUUGAUGUCAAAUAGUUGCUCAUUUCAUAUAAUUCUCUACCUUUUAUGAUGAUUUCAGUCAUAACUUUACCAGUUUUUUUAUGUUGCACAUUUUUUAUUUGUUCAAUGAAAAAAGUUGUUUUGUAGAAUAUUUGUGAAGUAGUAUUUCUUACUUACUAGUACUGAAACUCAUUUAUUGUAAGUGUUUAAAAAAAAAAAACACCCCUAGGUUGAGUGCAAAUUCCACAAAAAAGAAACACAACACUGUUGUCUAGUCAAUUUUUCUUCAUCAAUCAUUAUUUUUCAGUUUGUGCAAUUUGCAAAGACGUAGACCAAGAAACAAAACAAAACAAAAAUUCAGGACCAAAAAUAAAAUGUGUAUAAUUGAA